AUGAAAACAUUUAUCAUCAUCUUUAUUUCUUUACUUGGUAUCUUCGUCCAAAUCGAUUCUGUUAUUUCAAAAGCGAAAUCAACAGAUGUCAUAUUACAAAACCAGUUAACAGAUUAUGAUGUUAAAAAGAAAAUUAUAAUAACACCGGAUGCACCAAAACCUAUUGGACCAUACAAUCAAGCUGUUCAAAUCAAUUAUAUGCUUUAUUUAAGUGGUCAAAUUGGAAUUAAUGCUACAACAGGUCAAUUAGUAUCUGAUGAUGUUCGAAAUCAAACUCAACAAGUAUUUCAUAAUAUACAAGCUGUCUUAAAUGCAGCUGGUUCGAGUUUAAAGCAAAUAGCACGAUGUAUUGUUCUAUUAAUUGAUAUGAAUGAUUUUCAAGCAGUGAAUGCAAUUUAUGCAUCAUUCUUUUCUUCAAUGGAAGAUUAUCCAGCUCGUUCGACUUUUGCUGUCAAAACAUUACCAGCUAAUGCCAAAGUGGAAAUCGAAUGUACUGCGUAUACAACGCAUGAAUAA